CCGCCAUGGCCUCCCGGAGCCUGGGGGGCCUGAGCGGGAGCCGCGGAGGCGGAGGCGGCGGUGGCAAGAAGAGCCUCAGCGCCCGCAAUGCCGCGGUGGAGAGGAGGAACCUGAUCACGGUGUGCAGAUUUUCAGUGAAGACCCUGAUUGAUCGGUCUUGCUUUGAAACAAUUGAUGAUUCUUCUCCUGAAUUCAAUAAUUUUGCAGCUGUUCUGGAACAAAUUCUAAGUCACCGACUAAAAGGUCAAGUAACCUGGUUUGGUUAUGAAAGUCCUCGUAGCUUCUGGGACUAUAUCAGAGUGGCUUGCCGGAAAGUUUCUCAAAACUGUAUCUGCAGCAUUGAGAAUAUGGAAAAUGUCAGCUCCUCCAGAGCUAAGGGUAGAGCCUGGAUCAGAGUAGCACUCAUGGAAAAGCAUUUGUCUGAAUACAUCUCUACAGCUUUGAGAGACUUCAAAACAACCAGGAGGUUUUAUGAAGAUGGAGCCAUCGUCUUGGGUGAAGAAGCAAAUAUGCUUGCUGGCAUGCUGCUUGGGCUCAAUGCCAUCGACUUCAGCUUCUGCCUAAAGGGAGAAGGAUUGGAUGGCACCUUCCCUGCUGUAAUAGACUAUACACCAUAUUUGAAGUUUGAGCAAAGUUCUGAUAGCAUUAGCAGCGAUGAGGAAGAACUCAGGACUUUCGGAAGCAGCGACAGUGAAAGCAGCACUCCAGAGAAUGUGGGCCCACCCCUCAUCAUGGAUGAGAACAGCUGGUUCAACAAGUGUAAGAGAGUUAGACAAAAAUACCAGCUUACCCUGGAGCAGAAGGGUUAUCUUGAAGAACUCUUACGGCUUCGUGAGAACCAGCUUUCUGAAUCUGUCUCUCAGAAUAAAGUGCUGCUUCAGAGGAUUGAAGAUUCUGAUCUGGCCCACAAGUUGGAGAAGGAACAGCUAGAAUACAUCAUCGUGGAGCUUCAGGAUCAGCUGACUGUGCUAAAGAAUAAUGAUUUAAGAUCAAGACAAGAGUUAACUGCCCACCUCACCAACCAGUGGCCUUCCCCAGGAGCUCUGGAUGUCAAUGCUGUUGCCUUGGAUACGUUGCUUUACCGAAAACACAAUAAACAGUGGUGUGAUAAGAGUUACCAAAGCCUUGACCAGCUUUCAGCAGAAGUUAGCCUUUCUCAGGCCUCGCUGGAUCCCAGCCACUCACAAGACGGAGAUGGGAAACAGGACUCACUGAAUUUCGUCGGUGAAGGUAAAGAAGAUACUCCCUCCCUGCUUGGUCUCUGUGGGUCACUAACAUCAGUGGCAAGCUACAAGUCCCUAACGAGCCUAAAAUCCAAUGACUGCCUUGCAAGCCCCGCAGCCGAGAUGGCGAGCCCAGGCCUGACUCCAUCCUGAAAGACUACAUAAAAGCCCAAAGUUUCUGUAUUGUAAAUAUUCGGUUUCCAUAAGUUUGGCUGCUUGGGGAGAUCUCUGAAAUUUUAUAUUAUUCUGGUACAUGUGUGGCAUUCUGUUGUUUGGGGAUUUCAGCCCAGCCUGUGUAAAGUCUGAGGGAAAAGCAUAGUAGACCUGCUAUUUUUCUUUUAAAAAAAAAAUCUUACAUUUGUCAUUGAAGAUGUUUAAAAUUGAAUAGGCUUUAAAGAAACAAAGAAUGUUUGAAUCCAUUGUAAACUGUACAAAGUUAUUACUCAACUGAUUUUUAUAAAUUUGUUUAAAUGCUUCUUGGUGUGCAGAAGUUGAGCUCGGGUUUUAUUCAAGACUCAAGAUGAGUGUUUUCUUUCACUCCUUUAUUUGGUGGUUAAAUUUGCACAGAAGAAAACUGACUAAUUUCAUCAAGGAUUUCCUGAGUUCCAAUGUCCCCGUGACACGUCUGUACCGGAGAGGGCUCUUCAGCCACAGCGACACAAUGGCUCUCGUGGUUUUUCUUUUAUCAUUUAUCAUUUGGUACCAACUUUUAGCAUUUCAUAAAUUUUGUAGAUAUGUACCUUUUUUAGGCAUUUGCUGACUUAGGAAAAGCGUUUUUUAUCUAAGGAAACAAAUCCAUUUCUUAGACUUCCUUUCUCAGGAUUUUCUUUCGAAAUUACCGAUUUUUAAA